AAAAAUAUUGGUUUUUAUAGAGGGGCAGAUUGUUGUGUCCUUGUGUAUGAUGUUAAUGUUAUGAGGUCUUUCGAUACCCUUGACACAUGGCGUGAGGAAUUUCUCGAACAGGUAAAUGCUCUUAAUAUGAGAAAAUUUCUGUUUAUAUUGCUUGAAAACAGGGUUCAUAUUGAUGGGGGAAAUAGUCGAGUGGUGUCUGAGAAGAAAGCAUUGGACUGGUGUGCGUCCAAAAAAAAUAUUCCUUACUUCAAGACAUCUACUAAAGAGGACUACAAUAUAGAUGUUGCUUUUUUGUGUAUUGCUAAGAUUGCUCUAGCUAAUGAGCAAGGGCAGGACAUAUGCUUUCAAGGUAUUCCAAAAACUGUUCCUGAGAAUGAGGAAUGGCGUGGGUGUGCAUGCUAA